AUGCUUCCUUACAGGCUGUGUGUGAACAGCUCCAAAGUAGUGAGCCAAUUGAGGCGGCCCAGUGUAAGGAUUGCUGCCCAGAUUAGCGUGGUUUUGAGAUCUCAGUCGACUCAAGCAGCUGCCACAAAAGAGCCACUUACAGUUCUGGAAGCUGCCAAAUCUUCCAUCAAACAACAACAAAAGAUUAAUAACACUACUACUCCUAGGAUCAAAAAAGUGAAUCACAAAUUGCAUGACAUUUCUCAGCAAAUUAAACAGACUGUGGAAUCAAACACCGAUUUGAACGAAUCAAAAGAAAUUUUUGAAGAGGGUAUUUCAUUUCUUCGUGAAAUUCAACAUGAAGAGUACAUAUCAGAUCGAGACUUGUACAAUGCAUUUCUACCAUUAGCAACGAAGCUACUCAUUAGAGCCAAGAAAGCAGGUGCUGAUUUGGAAGAGUACCUCUCAUUGUUUGUAAAGUAUCGCGUUGCCCAUCAAUACCACUUUACCGAAGUUGCAGCCAAUUUGUUGAAGAAUGAAGAUGGAAAACUGGUUAUUUACCAAAAGAUUAUUCAAAUGUGGGUGACUUUCAUUGAAUACGAUAAGUUAAACUUUAUACCCAAUGCAUUUGUUGAAACUGGGGAUGCAAGAAUUAGAUACAAUAAGUAUCAACUUCCACACAUUGUAUACUACGCUUAUGUCUUGUCAUGUUUGUUACAAAACGUACCAUACUCAGAAAAGGAUGCGCUCCGGUUCUUUGAAACAAACAAGUUGCCCCUUUACAAUGAAGUCAAGAAUACCCUUAUGAAUUACCGUGCUUUCAAUAGACUUGUGUUUGAAAAGUUUAGAGAAUUUUUGGAGAAUGAUAGAAAAUCGAAAGUUGAUCCAAACAGUAUAACUAUGUUAAACAGAAUUAAUCGUGCGACUGACAGAAAAGUGUUGGACGACAUCUAUUCUGAAAUAGCAGAGAUUUGCGAAAAGCGCGAUUUGAAGAUUGAGGAGAGGAUCAUGGUUCAGUUAAUGGAAAAGUAUCUUUACUAUGACGAAUAUGAUCAAGUGUUUAGUAUGUUUCAAAAUAUCAUGAAGUCUGGCAUCUCUCCAUCAAUCGAUGCUUGGAAUUUAGUCCUUAAAGCCAUGAUUAAUCCGAAUAGAUUCAACAGUGCAACACCAGAACAGAAGGAAGAAUUUAUGCAAAAGUUUGAACGUACGUUAAAAACAGUCCUUGCAAGUGGCCUUAAGUACAACGUAAACACGUUGAGUUCAAUCAUCAGUGCCUAUUCAAUUGCUGAUAAAUUUGACAUUGCUGAAAAUUAUGCCAAACAAUAUGCUAGUUUAGGAAUCAAUGAUGCAGCAAAAGACGGAAUAUUGAGAGGGUUAAUUUUUAAUGACAAGAUUGCCGAAGCUGAAACCAAAAUGGAAGAGUACAUUAAAGAUGGCAGCAACUACAAACCCAAUGUUGGUGUUAUGAACGAUUUUCUCAAUUACUACUUCAAAAAGCAAAACUACAAUGCUAUAUUUGGCAUCAACGAUUUUAUGAAGCAACAUGGAAUUGAAGAGAAUGUAGUCACCUUGACGACAAUGAUUAAUGCAUAUUUCAAAUACCUUGUUUCCAUUGGAAAGAGUCCAAAUCUUGGUGACUUUUUGAAAACAUUGAAAGGUGCAAAAUCCCUCAAUGAGCAUUCAUUUGCAUCUGUGUUGAAUGGGUUGAUUCUGUCAGCCAACAUUGAUGCUGCAAGACAAUUGUACCAUGUUUUGAAGAGAAAAUUUCCAAGAUCUGCAUGGAUUCAGAGUAAUAUGUUAACAGCAGAGUUGACCUUGGGUGAAGUUUCCGCUGCUGAACAGAUCUUUAUCCAUUACAUUACCAAGAUUAGAAAUGACCCUAUCAUUUGGAACACAAUGGUGAGAAAUGUCUUGCUCCGUGAUGAAAACAAAGCAUUGGAGUAUUACACCAAGAUGAAAAAAGCUGGUGACGUUAAACCCAAUGAGUUCACCUAUUACUUCCUUCUCGAUUAUUUCUACAAAAAACACAACAAGGAGGUUGUGCGUAAGGUCGUGGAUGAUUUGGCCAAGAGUUCAUUAACUUCAUACGGUACAAAGUUACCAAACGUUCUUUCUAAAAUCCACAGAAAAGUUGUUGAGUUACCAUCUCCCAUUUUGGUCCAAAUGAAAAAGAACUUGUAA